AUGACUAGGAUAGAGCAGUCUUGGAAGGAUAACCCUAAGCUUCAGGAUAUUAUCCAGCAGCUUUCUUCGGGGAAUGUCUCAAAAUACAAACAUUACAACUGGGAUCAGCAGCAGCUACGAAGAAAAGGAAAGCUAGUCAUGGGAGCUGAAGCGUCACUAAGAAGGGAGCUGGUCGAACUAUGGCACUCCAGCCCCUUUGGAGGCCAUUCUGGUAUCCUAGUUACUUACGAAAAGUUGAAGGGCACCUUCUACUGGAAGCAUAUGUACAAGGACGUCUAUGAUUUCGUCACCGCAUGCGACACUUGCCAGUGCCACAAAUCUAACCUCUCUACAUAUCCGGGUUUACUACAAUCCCUGCCAGUACCUGAGCACAUUUGGUCUGACAUCUCAAUGGAUUUUAUUGAGGGUCUUCCUAAGUCCCAUGGCAAGCAGGUCAUAUUGGUGGUGGUGGAUAGAUUGAGCAAAUACGCUCAUUUCUGUGGGCUCUCACAUCCCUACACUGCCUUGGAUGUUGCUCAAUCGUUUCUAGACCACAUCUUCAAGUUACAUGGGCUGCCGGACUACUCCAUUUUUGGUCAAGCACCACCUGUGCAUACCCCCUACUUACCUGGUUCAACUACAGUGGAUGCGGUGGACAGGAGCCUUGCUGCUAGGGAGAGGGCGCUGCACACCCUCAAGCAUCACCUCAAGACUGUUCAACACCGGAUGAAGCACGUGGCCGAUAAACACAGGUCAGAUAGGGAGUUUCAGGUAGCCGACUUGGUGUAUGUGAAGUUACGGACGUACAAACAGCAUUCUCUCAAGUCUUCCAGCUGCCAGAAGCUGUCCCCCAGAUACUUUGGUCCUUUCCCUAUUUUGGAAGGUAUAGGGAAGGUGGCGUAUAGAUUGCAACUACUUGCUCAAGCCAAGAUCCACUCGACGUUUCAUGUCUCAAUGCUCAAGAAGAAGAAGGUCAGCACCCUGUCACACCCCAUCUACCUGAGUCGAUCACUGAUCACGGACACUUAUUGCUGGAGCCAAUUGCCAUUUUGGAUAGAAGACUAG